CUUCACUCUCUGCUAAAGGUGAGAGGCUGCAGCCUUCACCCCUAACCUUUUAUCUCUGAACAAACCCCCAACUCAAAAUAAGCAAAUAAAACCAGAAAAAACCUCCUCUCUUAAACUUUCCCUUUUCUAGUUUAGAUUUCGUUGAACAAACAGACGUUUCUUUUUUUUUUUUUUGUAUAAAUUAGAGGUAGACAGCUUAGGGUUCUUCAAAGAAAUCUCACGAUCAAUCCAUGGCUUCAACGAGGAAAGAUGUUGUCGAUCGAAUCAAGGGUCCAUGGAGCCCUGAGGAAGAUGAAGCUUUGCAGAGGCUGGUUCAGAACUACGGCCCGAGAAACUGGUCACUGAUCAGUAAGUCAAUCCCUGGUCGAUCGGGGAAGUCGUGCCGGUUACGGUGGUGCAACCAGCUUUCUCCUGAGGUUGAGCACCGGCCAUUCACGUCGGAAGAGGACGAGACGAUCAUCAGAGCCCACGCCCGAUUCGGGAACAAGUGGGCGACCAUCGCUCGUCUCCUCAAUGGCCGCACAGAUAACGCCAUCAAGAAUCAUUGGAAUUCCACCCUCAAAAGAAAAUGUUCUUCCAUGUCCGACGGCUUGUAUGACGACGCUCAUGUCCAGCAGCAGCCCUUGAAAAGAUCUGCUAGUCUGGGUACGGGCACCAAUGCAUCUGGUCUAUACUUGAACCCGAGUAGUCCAUCAGGCUCCGAUUUGAGUGACUCCAGCUUACCCGGUGUUUCCAUGUCCCCGGUUUAUAGACCGUUAGCUAGAACCGGUUCGCUUCUACCUCCAACUCAGCAUAUCGAAACGGCGUCGUCAACGGUCACAGAUCCACCCACAUCACUCAGCCUCUCGCUGCCCGGAUCCGACACCUGUGAGGUCUCCAACCAAGUGUCCGGAUCGAACCGGGCCGUGAACCCGACCCGUGUCCUUCCACACCAGGUGACGCCAUCAGUUGGGCCUCCACAACCCCCACCUCCUUUACAGGUGCAGACAACUAGUCAGGGUGAGUUUGGAUACGAGAAACAGUUUUUUAGUGCUGAGUUUUUGGCGGUGAUGCAAGAAAUGAUCAGAAAAGAAGUGAGGAACUACAUGGCUGGGAUCGAGCAGAACGGGCUUUGCUUGCAGACAGAGGCUAUUAGGAAUGCAGUGGUGAAGCGAAUUGGAAUUAGCAAGAUUGAGUAGUGAUUUAUCAGAGUAGUAAUUAGAGAAGAUGAUCGGAAUCAGUUUGAUGACGAUGACCCAUGAUGAAAGUCAGAUAGAAGAAGAGAGUAAAACACAAGAGCUGCUACGCCAUAAUGAUAGAAAGAAACUUAUGUUCUUUCUCUUUGGUUUUUUUUUUUUUUUUUUUUUCGUGCUUCGUUUAUCUUCCAUACAAAUAAUAAUUUUGGUAGUGUACAGAGGAAUAGAAUGGGAAAGAAGGUGUAAUUCACAAGGGUUUUCGAGGUAGCCCGGAAAAGAAAAUCUGAGGAACAGUUUCCAUUAAUAUAUUUAAAAAAAAGGUCGCAAACAAGAAAAGAUGAAUUCAAACUUUGGUAAACCCCUUUUUUGCUC